AUGCAGGGCGAUUCUCAAGAGCUGGGAAGCUUCCCGCAGGGCCCCAAGAUGGCCAUCCCUAGGCUCAAGCGUGCUCCACCACCGUCACCGCCACCCAUGUCAAGUGAGAGGAGUAGAGAGGGCCACGUUGAGGACGAGGAUGGCGAAGCACAUGGUGAAGCACACGUGACCGCAUCGGUUGGUUCGAACGAGGAUCUCGACCAUCUCGACGAGGACUUGAUGCGUGAUCAUGAAUCGAGGGCUACCGGCUAUGUUGGUCUAAACUCUGAAGUUCAGUGGCUCCGUAGUGCACAGCGCCAAACCGAAGAUACGGGAGCAGAGCCUUACGGUCAACCACAUGGCCCACCAGGCUCGACACGAGAUGCUGCUAGUGAGCGCUCGGAUGCUCUCCAUGACCGUCGCGACAAUAUCAAAGAGCACUCAAGACAAGGCUCAAUGAGGUAUAUGAACGACACUACGUUCUACCUCGACAGCGACGACAUCGAAACGGAUAUCUUUGUCGAUCCUUACGAAGACCCGGACCCUGAUAUAGCAGAAAAACUGUUCAACUGCUAUUUUGCGACUGUUCACCCUUCCUUUUCCCUUACCGGCGCGUUGGCAUUCUACUUCCUCGCGAUAGGCCAUGUGAGCAGAGCAUGGAUCAUGAUUGGAAUAUCCAUACGGCUCGCGCUCGCUCUUGGUCUUCAUUUGCGGAAUGAAGACCCUGGAGCAGAAGAAUCAAAGAAAGAACUGCUUGUGCGCACCUGGUGGAGUUUACAAUCUACUGAGUCUCUAGUCAGUGCGAUCACCGGAAGACCACCCGUGAUCGCUUUCGAGGACUGCACAGCAUCUUUGCCACGCAGCCUCCCAGGCGAACAGCUGAACCACAGAGAUACGUUGAGGAAAUUCGCACGGAGGGGUACCGGGGACGACUCGCCGCACACUACGACAGACAGCUACACGUCCGAAAGUGGCCAGCGAGACCCAGGCCGAGAUCACUACCUCAUGAAUCAUAUAAACAUUGCAUUCAUCUCUCAGAAAGCUUUACUCGAGCUGUACUCACCUCGAACUGCUGCCAGGUCUUGGAAGUCCGUUCAAGGAAGUAUCUCAGGACUGCUUAACGAGCUCGAGGAAUGGUCGAAGGCAGCAUUACCCGGAGGUUGUCAAGCUGCAAGAAAGAAGCACAUGACAGGCCUUGAACGCGAACAGUUCCUCCUUAAGGCAGACUACUGGAGCACUAAGAUGCUCGUCACACGACCAUGUCUCUGCAAGAUAGAGCGGCGCAUUCGUAACGAGAGCAAGGCUUCUGUCGAGUUCAACAAGACAAGCGCGGAAGCUUGCGUCGGAGCUGCUUUGGAAAUGACCAAACUAUUUCCUGACGAUCCGGACCUUGAUUUCAUCUACUCCAAGGGGCCAUGGUGGGCAAUUGUUCAUUUUAUCAUGCAAUCAAUUGCGGUACUCAUAUUAGAUAUGACCUACAGGAACAGAGAGAUGGAGAGCUCUGAGCCUAGCAUGGUCGUUUCCAUCAGAAAACUGAUUCGCUGGUUACGUGCAAUGCGACAUAACGAUCCCGUCGCCGCUCGAGCACACCAUGUCAUCAAGGGAGUUCUCAAGAGAUUUUCUCCGGCUCUGCAAUCCCAGGCUGAUGAACUGCUCGACUUGUAUGAAGAAGAAACUCCAGGACCUGAUGCUUACCAGCAUCAUCAUAUCCCAUACAACGCCCAGCAAACUGCGGAGGUGCCACAGGAGAACUUUCGCCUAAAUUUAAUGAAUACCAGUAGCACUUUCGACCCUCGGCCUUCUCAGUACUACCCACUGGACAAUCUGCCUGGACAUCAAGACAGCUUCGACCCGUUUUACCUGCCGGACGAAUCCAUAGUACCGAUGCCCUUUGACAAUCCAUUUUUUACAAACUUCAACCAUGGUGUACCAUUUGUGAACAUGCAAAGCCUGUGGGACCAACCAGGAUAUUUAAAUGCUUUUGACCUGGACCUGUCACAUGUGAACACAUCACAAGACAGUCAUGAUGGUGGGCAGGCUUCAAAUGUGGAACACCUGCCAGAACAACAACAACAACAACAACAACAACAACAACAACAACAACAACAACAACAACAACAACAACAACAACAACAACAACACUUCGAGUAUUACCCAUCACAAGGAUAG